UUUCUCAAUCCUGUUCAGAUACUUAAGGCAAAUGCCGAAGAAGAUCGAGGAGAAACGGCGAGGCUUUCCUCGUUCGUCGGGGCCAUUACGGUCGGCGACCUGGUGAAAACCACUUUGGGUCCAAAGGGCAUGGACAAGAUCCUGAUGUCUCGCGAUCCAGUGAGCACAAACGUGCAGGUUACGAAUGACGGGGCGACGAUACUGAAAGCGAUCGCAAAAUUGAAUGCUUCAAAUUAUGUACUUUUUGUAGAAAUCGCGCUUGUGCAGGACAACGAAGUUGGCGAUGGCACGACUUCGGUGGUUGUGUUGGCCUGCGAGCUGCUAAAACCGAAAGACUCAUCGCUUCGCGACUUCACCCGCAAACGAUCGCUGUGGAUGCGGCUCGCCAAGCAUUCGGAAGGUUUGUACGACGAGCUGUUGAAAAUUGCCAAAACGACCCUCGGUUCGAAGAUCGUGGCGCAACACAACGAACUCUUUGCUAAGUUAGCUGUCGAUGCCGUGCUUCGACUCAAGGGAAGCGGCAAUCUGAACUGCAUUCAUGUCAUCAAAAAGCUGGGAGGACGAAUGGCGGAUUCCUACCUGGACGAUGGCUUUCUGCUUGAAAAGACACCAGGCGUUCAACAGCCGCAUAGAAUUGAAAAUGCACGAAUUCUGAUCGCCAACACGCCGAUGGAUACGGAUAAAAUCAAAGUUUUUGGAUCCCGAGUUAGAGUGGAUUCUGUGGCGAAAGUGGCCGAGAUGGAAUUGGCAGAGAAGGAGAAGAUGAAGGACAAAGUCAACAAGAUCCUGUCGCACAAUAUCAACGUGUUCAUCAACCGGCAGCUGAUCUACAACUAUCCUGAGCAGUUGUUUGCCGACGCAGGGGUGAUGGCCAUCGAGCAUGCAGACUUUGAAGGAAUCGAGCGUCUCGCCCAUGUCUUAGGAGGAGAAAUCGUCUCAACGUUCGACAAUCCGGCAGACGUGAAACUCGGUCAUUGUAAACUCGUCGAGCAGGUGAUGAUCGGCGAAGACAAACUACUUAAGUUUUACGGUGUUCCGGUUGGAGAAGCUUGUACGAUCGUCAUUCGAGGUUCAACGCAACAGAUUUUGGACGAAGCUGAGCGUUCGGUGCACGACGCGCUGUGUCCUAAGACGAUCUACGGCGGCGGUUGUGCUGAAGUGAUCAUGGCUGCCGCGGUACAGAAAUUGGCGUCGUUCACACCGGGCAAGGAGUCGUUAGCGAUCGAGGCAUUCGCCAGGGCGUUGUUGCAAAUUCCGACGAUUUUGGCCGACAACGGCGGAUUCGAUUCGGCCCAGUUAAUUUCCGAGUUGAAGGUCGCGCACAAUCUUGUCGAUGGUCACGUUGGCGAUAUGGCAGUGUUGGGCGUCGUUGAAUCAUAUCGCGUGAAGCUGAGUGCUUUGACAUCAGCUUGGGAGGCGGCAGAGAUGAUUCUGCGCGUCGAUGAUAUCAUAAAAGCUGCUCCUAGGCCGCGAGGCAAAGAUAGAAGACCAUGUUAG